GCCAACCUAAUGAGACUUUGCAGGUAAUCCAUAUUCAUCCGCUUCGAGUUCCUGCCUCACGCGCUUCAGAGCAAGCGGAACCCGGAUGGAACUGUCAUGGCUGCCGUCACUGACCUGCCAGUCUGAAGAGAAAAGAGAGGAACCUUUAUUCUAAAACAUGGAGGUUGACUUGACAACACCAGAUGAUCCCCCUGAAAGCCAUGACAACAGCCAAGACGAUGACACUUCGCUGGUCCAGACUUUGCCUCUUGAUUUUCCCUCACAUCAGCUUCCAGAGACAGGCUCUUGCAAUGAGCAUGGUGACCAAGAUGAAACAGUCCCUGAGGAGUCAAGUACCAAUCAUCUUCACACAGACAGCAAAGCUCCUGGAAGGAUGCAGCAGGGUGCAAUCUUCUCUGGAAAAAUACUUAGUUUCUGUUGCUCUGAAUGCAAAGACGACACCACUUACAGUCCUAAUGACUUGCUAAAACAUUUUCAAGGUGCUCACAAGGGAACCCUUCCAACGUAUCCGUGUGACCUGUGCUCGUUUUUCACCAAUGAGUUUUCUGCCCUUCAGAGACACCGCAUUGGACAUCGAAACACUUUAGUCACGUGCGAAAUUUGCAAUGACGGGGUGCAGUAUUCACUUCUUUGGCUCACCAGGCACUUCACCAACUGCCACAGCCACAAUGGACAUUUCCGCUGCAAAAAGUGUGAGUUUUCGACAAGAGAUGCAGGAACCUUUGUUCAGCACAUUCAUCACCACAACGAACGAAAUCACAAAUGUGUAAAAUCUCCACACGUGAGCCCAGCGCAAGGAGAGCUUCAGAGGCAUAACCAGGUGCAUUCUGGGACUUUUCCUUUCUCCUGUCAGAUUUGUGGCUACAGUGCGGCUCGUAAAGAGUACCUGAGCAAGCAUCUUACUGUGACACACGGCGAUGAGGUGGACAGGACAAACAAGUGGAGAGCAAAUGAGGACAAUUCUGGUGUCAAUUCAUCUGGAUUAAAACUGUUCCUCAAAAAGACUCCUCCAGGUGGAGCACCUAGAGAACAACAGUGGAUGUCAAAACUAAACUCCCUCCCUGCUGUAGGUCUGCUCGAUCAGAACGGCAGAUUGUUUAAUCCUGAAAAAACUUUGGAAGAAACCCAGCAGUUUCUUGAGAGAGCUGUUGUAGUUACAAAAGAUAGUAAUAAAUGGACAAAGUCUCCCCUAAAGAGUGAGCCGCACCCCAUUUCAUCGACAACACCCCAACCGCAAAAGUUACAAGAGCAUGAGAGUAGUCCUGCACGAGAACUUCUGUGUCCAACCAACAGUAAUGGACUGACUGUUCUUAUGGUGAAAAAUAAAAUUUCGAUUCCACCAAAUUGCACCACUAAAGUCAUCGGCUUUAAGAUGGUAGAUGGUAAAAAACACUUGGUUCUUAAAGUCAUACCAGCAAAACAAGAGGACUCCACUGAAAGUGAACUCUAUAAUUCACACAUUGGUGAAGAUAAAGAAAAAACGAUGAGUAACCCCAGCUCCUCGUUCUCACCGAUCUCUCUUGUCAGUUUAGAGUCUGGAGAAGCGAACGAUUCUGGUGCUAAAAAGGAUUUGAAAUCUUCAGUUAAAGAACAGUCAAAAGAAGUUGAAAAUCACAUUGACAACCAUCUUCCCUUGAUAGAGGAUCCCAAAGUAAGCUCUCAGAAGGCAAAUAAAGCAGUCUCCCCUUCCGCCUCAAAAGAUCUUACACUUUCCCCAUCUCUGAGAAGUCAAUCCAACGGGAGGUCAUCACCUCAUGAGGUAUCUAUCGUCUGUGAAAGAGAAAGAAGGUUUAAUGAUGACAUCCAGCUAGAAAGUCCACCUAACGCACUUCCUGGUUUAAGUUGCACUGACAUGCCAAUGGCUAAAAUCGAAUCAUCUAAAGAUAAAACUGUAUUGUUGGAUUCAGUUAUAGAUGAACCCUCAGUAUCUGCAGAUGAAACCACAAUUUCCCAUGCAAAAUCAGACCUUGAGAUAACUGUAGAUAAAUGUGCAAGUAUGCAGAAAUCUCAGAUGGCUGCAGAUAAGACAACAUUUUCUGUGAUCUCAGAGGAAUCACAUAUACAGAAUUCUGAUAAAUACUGUAGUAAAGUUUUUUCUGAAGAUUGUCAUUCAUGUGAUGAUAAAGAAGAGAAUGCCCUUAUUAAAAGUCCUUUAGAGAAGAACACAGUCCACAGUUUAUUGGCUGAAGAGGGACUUGAUUCUGACAAACCUGACACAUUAUUGUCCUCAGAUACAGUGGUUAAAGAUAAAAUUCAAUUUUCCCCCAAAGUUAGUUAUGCUGUUUUUGACUCUAAAAACAUUACCGUUUUAAAUUGCCAGUCCUCUACAGUCACUAAAAAAGAUACAAAUGUAAAUCCACAACAUAAAACUAGUACAGGUAAAUUAAAAGAUGCCAAAGAAUCCAAUGUAGAUAUAAUAAAUAACUCACUCACUUCCCCAAGUCAAGAAGUAUUUAGUUUUCACAAUUAUUCUAAAGACACCUCAGGCAGCUCACCUGAGUCACUGCAGCCUGAUGAAGAUUCACCACAGGGUUUGGAGGAGGAAGAGGAGGAGUGCGAGGAAGAUUAUGGUGACUGGAGCUUAACUCUGCCUGCAUCUCCUCCUCUUCCAAAUGAUCAAUCUGAAGAAGAUUUAGAAAGUAGCAAAGAGGGAGGGGCUAAUGACAGCGACACAAUUGCUGAAAGCGGAGAGAAAGCAUUAGAACGGGUCUCGGACAGCGAUAUAGAGGUGGAUGAGUGCAUAGCUACUGUUGACGAUUCACUGCUUCCUGAGAAAGAGCGAGAAACUGCUUCUUCGUCUGUCACGGACACGAACCAGGAAGGUGCAGCCGACGUGGGCGACAAGUCGGGAGUAAAUUUGAACAAUGCGGCUGUUUUGGGCAAGAUACUUGAAAAGCACUCGGAUGCCAUCAUCAGUCAGCAACUUGAGAAGGAGAGAGUAAGGAAUACAGUACAAGAAACUGUCCGGCCAACCAAAACCACACUUAGGAUAUUGCAGACACCUGAAGGAAAACAGCAGAUGUUCCUUCAAACUGCGGAGAAUCCGUACGCUGUGCCGGUUCAGCUAAAAAGUGGCGCUGGUUUCAAGUUGAUUUCCAAGUCAAGUUCUCCCAAAAUUAAUGUGUCCUAUGUACCUGGUAUUGAGACGCCUAAUAGUACCACAGGAGUGGCGUUUACUUUAAAUGGAGGUAGAAUCGGAUUGGCCGCACAAAAUUCAAGCGGGGAAACUAAAGGACAAACAGCUGCCCAAUUGGCACAAGGCACCCAUGGAAAACGCUACUUUGUCAAUGCCUCUGCUCUUAAAGGACCUAUUUUGUUAUCAGGUGCUGUCAAGUCUUCAUCAGGGGAGCAGGCAACCAACAUCCCACAGACUUGUUAUUUAGUACAAAGACCACUCCCGGUUAGUCCGGUUAACAGUGAGUCUACUAGUGCGAGUUCUAAGACUGUUCUUGCAACCCGUCCUGUAUUGGCCAUGCCUGUCAACCCAGGAGACAAAACCGGUUCCCUACAGACUGGUAGACAAGCCUACUUGGUGAGAUACAUUUCUCCAGCUAAGUCAGGUGUGCUUGUAAAUAAUUCAGAUGGGAAAGCUUCAAACCAGGGCAACCAAGUAAAUGAAGGUGGAAAAAGAGUUUUCCUUAGAAUUGUUAGAGGUGCAAAUGGUGCCAGAUUUCUUACUACCGCUCCAUAUACAACAGCCAAGAAACCAGUAUACCUUGCCGCUAGCUCUUUACAAUCACCUUGCUUAUUAAUGUCCACCAGUGUGUCUACAGGCCUGACAACGUCUAAUUCCCAAGGUCCUAAACUCAUCCCUGUUCAGGUUAAACAUGUGGUUUCCCCUUCAAACGUUCAAAUGAAAAGCGGCGCCAUUCAUAACGUAGCAUUAAAUAGUGUGCCGAUCAUUUUCAGUCCCACCCAUCCACAAAGUAAAAGAAAGAAGAGGAGAAGGGCACUGUUCGAAGAGCUAAUGGAGAGCUCUCCUAAAGCGAGGAGAAUGUCAAGCAAGUCACCAGCUGACAAAGACGCUACCUCAAUUUGGGAGCCUGCGGCAAAGGACGUGGAGAGAACGUUGAGGCUCUGUCCCUUUAGUCCGCUACAAGAAAUCAAAUGUCCCCGCCGAAACCAGCCUGUGGUCGUGCUGAACCACCCUGACGCGGACAUCCCCGAAGUUGCUAGCAUCAUGAGGUCAGUGAACAGGUACAAAGGAGACGUUCUCAAAGUGAUGCUGUCCGAAACUACGGUUAAAGCCCUUUCCGAGCUGAACCCCACCCGUCCUCCAAAUGUACUUUCAAUGCAGAAUGCUUCCAACGGCAAUGCUGGUGCUAGACCCAGGCCAGUCGGACGCACUGUCGCAGAGAGAUUCAUAUUAAAACUUAAGUUAAAAAAGACGAGCAGGAAUAAGUAUGAGGUGGUGAGGUCCUCGUCUGGUGGUUCAGAGCAGCAGGUGAAGUUUUGUUGCUGGUUUUGCGGCCGAGUCUUCGGCAACCAAGAGGAUUGGAUCGGCCACGGUCAACGGCAUCUUAUGGAAGCAACGAGAGACUGGAAUAAGAUGUUCUGAUGCAACUACAAAGCCCCUGGAUUGGGCUAAAUGCCAUCCUUCAUUGUAAAAAAAACAGUUCUUUUAUUAUGAUUUCCUUUUUUAAUAGUACAGUAAGAUACCGUUAACCUGUCAAUAUUAUUUUUCCAUAGAUUUCUCUUCAGAAGCUUUUUAAAGGGUAUAGUGUAAUAGAAAAGAGUUUGGUACCUGAAACCAGUUUGUAUGUAAAUAAUUUUAACCCUUGUAUAUUUAAAUAUGGAAACUUUAGAGUAUGUAUAGAACGGAACUGUGAAAACUGGACACACUGUAUGUUUAUGGUGCAAGCAAGAAGAUCACUGGUAUAUAAAAGAAGGUGCUGUCUCUUAUAGACCUCUUUUAAUGCAGACAAUUGAACCGAUUCUCAGGUAAUUCCAUAAUCUUUGUAUGAAUGGUCCAGUUUUAACUUUAUGUACAAAUUAAGUUGGCUACAUUCUUCAAACCUGCAUUGUAAAAGGUCACAACACAUUUUUACUUCCCAUUAAUGUCUUGGAUGAUAUAAAAUUGUUCAAAAUGAGUGGAGUAAAUCUGUUUGGGUUAUGAAAUGAAUGGAAAAAAUGAUUUAGGUUUUUACCUGUGAGUUUUAGUAUUAUUUUAGGAAUUGUAACAAACAUGACGAAUUCUAAAAACAAACCAAUUGGUUCCUGUGGAAGCCAUCCUUUUAAAACUAUUGCAUGUUUUUUUCCUGAGGUGGUUUGCCAUUAAUACGCUGUAUUUUCAUGUUCUCAUUUCGGUUGUUAGCGUCAGAUUUACGCUUUGCGGGUGCCAUGCAUCUCCCCUCAUUACAUCAACACAGACCCGGGGUCAUUUUAGUAGCAAUAAUGGACUUUAAAGUUGGCAUCAUUUCAGUUUUUGUCUCUGUCCUUCCUCUUUAAAAAAUGAAGAAAUGCACCUGUAUGUGUAUGAUUAUGCUUUAAGGAUUACACAGGAUUUAUUGAGAUGCAAGCCAACAAACCUCAGAUAGCCAACCAAACACUAACUGUAUUUUCAUUUUCUGUGAUACUUGAGUCCCUCAUUCUGCCUCAAAGUUUACGAGGGUCUUUUUCAUAGUAGAGUCCAAAUAUACGUGCUUAGAGUACACCAGGGUGUAUUGGUGCUAUACCAAUAACUAAAAUGUCUCAAGUUCACUAUGGUUGUCUAUUCAUUUGUUGAUACUUGUUUAUAAUCCAUGUAAACAGCUAUGGCUAAAGCAUUAAAACAGAGUUAAGGCAGUCAGCAUAUCUUUUGAUUCUUUAAGAGGUCGACUGAAAUGCUUUCCAGAACUAAUAAAGUGUGAUCUCGAAAUAUGGAUCAGUCAAUUUGCUAAUCUUUUUUUUUUUAAGAUUGCCUCUGUUAAUUCUGGAUAGUAUGCUAAAAAGUAAUCUUAUCUGCUAUACUGUUCAGAGAUGUUUUAAUAUGUUGGUCUGUAAAUCUCUGUUCAUGGUGCUUGAUGGUGCAAGACAAAGCUUUGAUGGCAGAAAGGUAAUAAUCCAUCCUUGAUUUAAGUAGCGUCCUUGAUUUAAUAGUAGUGUUAAGUGUUUUUAAUUGUUGUUUGGAUGUAUAAGUGGUCAUUUCCUAAAGCUUUGCUUUUUCCCAUGUUUGGACAGUUAUUGUUGCAACCAUUAGGUAACAUUAGAACCAUGAUGUUGGACACGUUACUUCAAUGUUCACUCUACGUUUGUUUCUCACCAUCUUUGUGACAUGACAAUCACUGUUAUACAUGGGAAGUAGUGGAAUUGUUUAUGCAAACCAUUAACAGCUGAUUAAUAUUCGGCUCAAAAGGCCCAGUGUGAAACUAAAAUUUAUACCAUGCCUUGAAAGAGCUAAAAUAUAAUCUUCACUCAGUCACCUGUCAACCAAAUAAUGUUUGUCCGAGGCAAAAAAAUGUCCUGGUUGUAAUGCCCAUGUCACAGGUUUUAUGAGAGACAAGUUUAUUUUUUUAUGCUAAGUGCCUAAAAUGUGAUGCACCAGGUCGACACUAUAUUGUACUGUAUUUACCUCCUUGCAGUUCCUUCUCUAAUAAAUGUAAAUAUCUUUGAA